GCUCGCGGUGAGUCGCAGUCAAGAAGCAGAUUUUAAAAGCAGUUUCUCUUCAAAUCAUCUUUCAUACCACCUGAUAAGCAUCUUGAUUCACCAUGGCAUUGGCAGCAGUAAAAUGGGCGAUAUCAAGCAGAACUAUCUUGAAAUAUUUAUUUCCAAUUCAAAAUGGAGCCUUAUAUUGUGUUUGUCAUAAAACUACGUAUUCUUCUCUUCCAGAUGACUAUAAUUGCAAAGUAGAGCUUGCUUUGACAUCUGAUGGCAGGACAAUAGUAUGAUAUCACCCUUCUGUGGACAUUCCAUAUGAACACACAAAACCUAUCCCUCGGCCAGAUCCUGUGCAGAAUAAUGAAGAAACACAUGAUCUAGUGCUGAAAACCAGAUUAGAAGAAAAAGGUGAACACUUAGAGCAAGGACCCAUGAUAGAACAACUUAGCAAAAUGUUCUUUACUACUAAGCACCGUUGGUAUCCUCGUGGACAGUAUCAUAGACGUCGUAGGAAACUGAAUCCUCCAAAAGACAGAUGAUAUUGAGGUUUUCAGGAAUCAAAGAGAAAUGUUAUCCUGCGUCUCAUUUGCCAUUUGAGAAAAUACAAUUGGGUAUAUUCACUAAUAUGUUAUAUAGUAAAAUAAUAAAAUGUCUU